GAAAUUUAUUGGGGCUUGCUUCUAGGACACACGCUACGUUUGAACACCGGCCGAACAGUACAGCCUUGCGCUACCACGCGGCUAUCCUGCUCAAAAACAUCGACAUCUAAUCUUGCGCAUCCAGUAAAGAUGCAUCGUGAGCCUGUAGUCUAAUCGAUAAUGUCACUUCAGUGAAGGGCCGGACAGAGGACCGGAGCAAAUGGACGCGCUGGGGGAGAAGUUACGGUCUUUCUUCAAGAAGGAUGAUGCAAAAUGGUCGGAUAAAGGCACUGGGAGAAAGCUAGGGAACGCGGAGCCCGGUCCUGCCGGCGCCAAGGCCGCGGCGGCCUCCGUCGUCACCCAGCGCGGCGCCGGCCCCGGCCAUCCCGCCGCAGCCGCCGCCUCUGCGGCUGCUGCUGCUGCUGCGCCCCGCUCACAGCAGCACCCCCAGCACCCGCAGCACCAGCACGCCGCCCCGCCCGGCACCUCCUCCUCCUCGCGGCCUCCCCGCCUUGAUGGUUCGGACGCGGCUCGUCCCCCGCCGCCCGCCCGCGGCCCGGUGCAGCAGCUGGCGGCCGCCGCGGGGGGGUCGGCGGGGGCGGCGGGGCAGCAGGGGCUGCCUCAAGCAGGCGGCCCCGCGACCGCCGCCCCCUCGGCCCCCUCGGCCCCUCACACGCCCACAGCGGCGGCGGCGGCGGCGGCGGCGGUGGCGGCGGGGCUUGCGGCAGCAGGCGGAGGAGGAGCGGGGGGAGGCGGAGGAGAAGGGGGCUUGCAAGCGGGUGUGCAUGGCAGCGCCGGCACGCCCACAGGCCACACCGGGGGCGGCAGCCCUGGGCCCCGGGUGGCAGGUGGGGCUGGCGGCGCGGGUGCGGGUGCAGCUGCGGGCGGCGGUGGCGGCGGCUGCGGCGGCGGCGGCGGGGUGGACUACGGACUGGCGCCCGCCAGCGCUCAGGAGUACGAGCUGCAGCGCUGCCUGGCCCUCAUCCUGUCCGCCGCCCCACCCCCGCCGCAGCCGCCGGCCCGCCCUGGCACCGUCGCCUCCGCCUCCGCCUCCUCGCCGCCCUCCGCCGCCGCGGACGCCUGCGGGCUGCUGCUGCGGCUGCUGCGCAACGUGAUCGCAUCGCCCGACGAGCCCAAGUACAGGCAGGUGCGGCUGUCCGCCCCCCGUGUGCAGGCGUGUUUGGUGGGCGUGCCCGGGGCCGUCGAGUUCCUGGAGGCGGCGGGCUUUCAAAUGGAGUUUGCGCCGGAUGAUGGCUCAGAGGGCGCCAACCAGGGCUUCCUGGUCCUGCCCGCCGCCCUGCCGCCCGCCGCCCUGGCCGAGCCCUGCCGCCUCCUGGCCGCAGCCGCAGCAGCACACGGCAUCAACCUGCAGGACGGCAGCAGCAGCGGCAGCAGCAGCACCGCCGCCCCCGCUACUGCCGCCCCUGCUGCUGCUGCUGCUACUGCUACUGCCGCCCCCACCGCCGCCGCCCCGGCGCCGCCCUCAGCCUCGGGCUCGGCCGGCGGCAGUGACGUCAGCAGCAGUAGCGGCGUCAGUGGGGUCGGUGCGGCAUCCGGCCUGGCGGGCACAGCCGCCGCCCCAACCGCGGCAGCUGCUGCUGCUGCGGCGGCGGCGGUGCGGGGUGUGGUGCCGGCGGCGGAGCGGCGCACGGCGGUCAUCCUGCCCGUGGCCCCGGACGUGGAGGUGCCCGACUGGUUCUUCGAGCGCACGGGAAUCGAGCUCAAGGCGCAGUGGCAGGCGGCGCGGCAGCGGCGGGAGGAGGCGGCGCAGCUGAUGACGCGCGCCAUGCGGGAGCGGCAGCAGCAGCAGCAGGAGGACGCCGGCGGGACCCCCUCCACGGCCUCCUCUUCAGCAACCGCCACUGUGCGCGUGCGCUUCCCUGAGGGCGUGUGCCUGCAGGGCCAGUUCGGGGCGGCCGAGCCCGUGAGCCGCGUGUUCGAGUGGGUGGCGGGCUGCCUGCGGCCCUCGGGCGGAGCGGGUGGAGCGCCGCCCAUGUUUGAGCUGAUCACGCCCGACCGCAAGCCGCUCGCCAUCACCGGACCUCCCGCCGGCGCCGCCUCUUCCUCGGGCGGCAGCGGGAAGCACGUCCGCCGGGCCGCGCAGCAGCCAACCGCGUCCGUGCCCCUGACGCUGCGCAGUGCGGGGCUGCUGCCGGCCUGUCUGCUGCUGCUGCGGCCCGUGUACCUGGAGGAGGAGGGGGCGGGCCGGCAGGGGGCGGGCGGGCUGAGGCGGCUGCCGCUGCUGCGGGAUGAGCUGCUGAGGGGCGCGGGCAGCAGUGUGCAGCUGCAGCAGCAGUAGUUGAUUGGCGGGCUGGUGGUGUGUGACGUGUGUGUGGUGUGUGUGAUGAGGGGUGAGGUGUGAGCGAGGUAAAGAGUGCAGGGGAGGCGGAAUUCAGUGUGGCCAUGCAUGGACGGGGUUGCACCAGGAAUCACAUCCGAGAUGCAGGGCAGGGCACUUCCUAGUACCGUACGGUACAAGCAAGAGCAGAGGGUGGUGAGAAGCAUGCCAUAGUCCCGAGUGUGAUGCCUGUAAUCCCAAUCCCAA